GGGACUAAAGAAACAAGGUGUGCUUGUGAAGUUGAGACCUUCUAAUCAAAGACUAGCCUAUGGUGUAAGUUACACCAUGAACAUGGUUAUUAUAGGAUAGGUAUGUUUUAAUCUAAUUAUUUGAAAAAAAUAUACAUAUAUAGAUAUGUCAAAAUAAAAUAUAAAUUUAAUAUUUGUUUUAAUCAAAAGUAACGGUAAUAAAUAUGGAAGUAGAAAAUGAUCCUAUCAUUAAAGAGAUACCAGUGUUUCUCUCCAAGACUUUGGCUGAGAAAUUGUUUAUUAUACAGUUUCCUGCAUAUGUCAAAGAUGGUUGUGCUAAUGCUACAUUUUCAAAGAUUUCUAUUAAGCCUGAAAAUCAGAAAAUUCGUAUAGAAAUUGCAAUGGAUACAUUGAAUAAAUACUCUUAUGAUCAUGAUAUGGGAAAACAGUUGGCUUUCAAUACAAAUGAACAAUCAACAAGAAAAAAUGAUGAAAAAAUAUUUGAUAGUGAUUUGAUGGAUAAGCUCGUAUUGACUUCAGAACGGGCAUUGCCAGAUUGCUCAAAUUUUGCAGUCGGGGUCUUUCAAGAUGAUGAGCUACAUAUCACACCAUUGAAAGGGAUGUUGCAUAUGAAGCUACAAUGUGAUUAUUUGGAUGAAAAUGAUAAGCAUGUUAGGGAUGGAACAAAAGGAGAAGACGACGCCGAGGAAGAAGAUAACGCCACACCCGUGAAAGUAACAUUUGCUAGACAUCUGCCAGAUAACCUGAAGAAAAUGCAGGAACAAUCUUUCCAGCAUCAUUACAAAAAAAGUCAAGAAGAACGUUGGAUACAUACAAAUUACAUAUCGGCUUAUGAUAUACAAGCUGAGUCGACACGAAUGGAAAUGUUCUGCCCAUCAAUCGAAGAAUCAAUAAACAAUUUAAAUUUAACUCAGAAGCAUUAUUUACAUAUAUUGGUACCACAGUUACCUGAUACAUGCUAUUUGCAAUCUAUUUCUGAGGAUCAAAUAGCUCUUCAUUAUAUCAUGACUCUGCCUUUGCUUGAUCAAAUCAGGAUAAUUAUGAAACAAGUGAAAAUCAUAUCUUUUACAAAAUUAUGUGAAAUUCUAUCGCCAGAGUACGAUAUGACAACAAUACUGAAAUAUUUGCAACAAGUAGCUAUGUUAGUACAAGGUAAUUGGGUUGUGAAUAGCGAACUAAUAUAUAACAAGGAUAGCUCCAGCUCUCAAAACAGCAUUUCCGAAUUUAUGUGCAAAGCUCGUGAUUAUAUUUUAUUAUUGUUUACUGAACAUCAAUUUCUCAGUCGCAAUAUGAUCUCGUCUUUCAUCAAGAUAGCGCCAGAAGAUAUUAAUCAGAUCUUUGUAGAGCUUGGAAUGUAUGAAUCGGAAAAAGGUUGGCGGCUUAAAGAGCCACCCAAUUGGAAUUUUUGUAAUAGGUAAGAUUUUGUUAGUUUUUGUUGACAUAUCUCUAAAA